AUGCCGGUCCUCCAGCCCGAACGUAUUGCCAUCAUCGGAGGUGGUUUUACAGGAACCACCUGUUUCUGGGCUCUUCAAAACAGUGCUCAUGACGUCCAUCUAUUCGAAGCUUCCUCCGCCUUAGGCGGCCGUAUCAAAGAAUAUUGGCUCGAGGACGGUGGGAACAAGACACUUAUAAAUACAGAGGCCCCAACUUUCAACGCGGAGACUUCUCGUCAGUGCUCUUAUAACCAUAUACUUGCUACCUCAGAACUGACGAUACAUCUAGCCAACCUCAUAUCGCUGCUUCGACAUCUUGGAAUCUCCACGUCUGCAAUUCCUUUCAACUUGAGCACAUCAGAUGGGACUACCACCUUUGAAUGGGGAAGUGGUAUUACCAUGGGGAUCCUUCGCAACCCUCGGGUUCUGUUCAACAUAGAAACAUAUCGCACGCUGGUCGACGUCAUAUGGUUCAAGUACUUCGGCAUAGAUGCUCUUUCAGAACAUCAUUCGUCUAGAAAGCUCGAAAAACUAUCUGUAUGCCUCAACGCGGAUGAAUAUCUUACAAGCGAGAGAUACUCCACCAGCUUUUUCAACCGCUAUCUCUCAUCCCUGCUUUCAGUGCUCUGGGGGACAAAUGCUCUAAAGGCUCUCCCGAAAUUUCCCAUGAAAGCACUCGUUCGCAGUCUGAACGAUCACAAGUUCUUUUGCACAUGGCAAACUAUACCUCAAUGGCGCCGAAUUGAUACAGGAGUCAGCCAGCUUACCCAAACCAUGGCCAAGCUUCUCCCUUCGGAGAAUCUGCACCUUCGCACUAGAGUCCAAGAGAUACAACGACUGGGAAAGGAUAGAUAUAAAGUGCUGACAGAAUAUGGCCAUGAACUUUGCUUCAAUCAUAUUGUUUUCGCCAUCGACGGCCGAGAAACCUUGAAGAUUCUCCGUUUGAACGUAGAUUCAGACGAGAAGGAGAUUCUGCAGGACCUACGCGCGGGCCCAAACAUUUCGGUCUUGCACUCCGACUACUCUGCAAGUAGACAUGCAGAAUAUCCUCUGAUGCACAAUCUAAACUCGUUCAUUCCCUUCCACCAGCUUGCACCGGACCUAGAUCACUCAUGGCCUGCCUGCAACUACAUCAUGUCUCCCGCGCAAUCUCCGAACCACUCAGACCGACGAAACCCUGAUUCGGUCUCACUCAGAUCGUCGCUCACAUAUAACGUGAACGCUCUCCAGGACGUCCCGGUUUGUCUAUUCGGCCGCGUAUUCAUAACGAUAAACCCGUUUACACCACCACAUCCGCGCCUCGUCCACGCGGUCUGGGAGUUCACUGAUCUCGAGCCGACCCCUGCAACUCUCCAUGUACAGAGUCGCCUUUCAUCCAUCCAGAACAAGCGCGGAUUGAGUUAUGGCUGCCGCUGGUCGGGACGCGGUUUCUUAGAGGAUUCAGUCAGUGCCGGUCUGGAAAUCGCGACUGAGCACUUUGGAGUUCACCUUCCGUUCAAGGUUAUCCAUCAUAAAGAUCUCAUGGAGGGCUCGACGGAGACAUUGCAUUUGAGCUUGAGCGAUCAUUUCAUUAGAGCUAUACUUAGCUUCAUUCGUGCGUACGUUCUGAUUUGUGAGAUUUGCUGGCUUUUGUUGCGCAAGACUUGGACCAGACCAGUGUCCUCUACUACUUGA